UGCUAAUCUAGUGGGCAUACACACUACACACAUGCCAGCCUGCUGUCUCUCACCACCCUCCCCCAACACACACAACUGUCUCAGGCCCCCUUCUUCUGACACACAGCAUGCUGGGUCUUUACAAAGCCCCAUUCUGCAGCCGUCCCAGGACUCUGCACUGUACUGCAGGACUGUUGCCCUCUGCCCUCUCACACACCCAGCACUCUUUUGUCCCACAAGAAAAAAGCAACGGUCACGUGUCCACUGAACACUUCACAGCUGCUGGCCUUGUCCUCCUCUUGCUGUCUAUCUGCUGAGAUGUUUACAGUGAUUGCUGUCCGCUCGGCUGGACGUGUUUAGUGGACGUUUUUCCUGCCCAUGGCGCCCACGGGGGGCUUUGCGCUGCUCUUUUUAUAUUUGGAGACUCCAAAAGAAUCCCGCUUCCCUCUCAUGUGCCGCCUCGGUCCAAUCAGACGGAAGGAGAGGCGGCCUGCGCGAGGCGUCAAUCACGCUCGCUGAGUGGCUGGAGCGCCUCUCGUCUCGUCCGCUGGAGCUGCAGAUCACUCGAUCCUCCGCCGCUGCUGGAUGUGUACGGAGCCCGCGCGCUCUUCUUUAAGGACGCUCACAAAUAUCACAUUCCUUCUGGAUUGUUUUUCAUUUCUGAUGUUUCUCAAUUGCUCUCCGAUGCAGAGAAAUGGGUAAACUUCAUUCCAAACAUGCUGCUAUUUGUAAAGCGAGGGAGAGUCCCGAAGGCGAUAGUUUUGUAGUUAACGCAUGUUUGGCGAGAAAAGGACUGGAUGACUGGAUGGUUAAGCAGAAGUAUUACUGCUCGAGCUCUCGUGUACAACAGCAGGACUGCCAGCAGAAAAAUACCUACGGACUGUCUGCACGGGACCCACUGGAUGAAGGUUAUGCUGAGGGCAUCAGCGAUGAACAUUAUCGUUUAGAAGUGGCUCUGCCCCCUGAGAAGACUGACAGCUGCAGUGUGGAAGAGAGAAUGCAGGACACUGAAGGCUCUGCCACCGUCGGCCCACACAAACAAUUACAGUUUGAGGAGUUGGAGUGCGCUGUAUCAGUUGAAGAAGAUAACAGGCAGGAGUGGACUUUCACCCUCUACGACUUCGAUAACAACGGCAAGGUCACGAGAGAGGACAUCACCAGUCUACUGCACACUAUAUAUGAGGUGGUGGACUCAUCAGUGAAUCACUCCCCCAGCAGCAGUAAGACCCUCAGGGUGAAACUCUCCGUCGCCCCAGACUCCAGCCAGAGAUGGAGGAACGUCACCCAGACCAACACAGACACUCCCCAUCCCAAGCACAAGGGAGAAAAGUGCAUUGAGGACUCCAAGCCUUCAGAGAAAAAGUCAAGAGCUUUUCUUAGGCGUUACCAUGCUGACCACCACAACCAGCAGGGUUGCCAGCGGCACUGUGUGGAUGAGAACUUGGAGAGAAGAAACCAUUACCUUGACCUGGCCGGCAUUGAAAACUACACAUCCCGCUUUGGAACAGCAGCUCCUGCCACAGAACCAGCAAAACCCAACCACACCACACGUUCAUCCAAUCAGACACGCUCACGAUCUCAAGAACCCGAGAAUUGCCACGUUUACCCCGCUCACCAUCGGCGCUCACAGACCAUCUCUACGGAUCCUCCUGCCGUCCUCACCCGGCACACACACGCACUCCGUUCCCCCAAAACGCACUGCCCACCGCCCACUCAGGCCUCUGCUGGUCGGGUGAUGAGGAGAGGAGCGCCACCUCCCCCAGCGGUCCCCAAGCAGACCCCUCCGCACCAAAGCUCAGGCCCGUACCGACGGCACAAGCAGAGGCCUAAAGAAGGGCUGCACUAUCGGGCUCUGGGGCCGACCGUGACGUCCGGCCCGGUAGUGGAGAAAGAGCAUGUGAGGGAUCUCCCCAGUCUGGUUCUGUAUGAAGGAGGACUAGCUCAGGUGGUCCAGCGGCAUGAGCAUCAUCAUCAUCAUGAACAUCAUCAUCACUAUCAUCACUUUUAUCAGUCCUGAAGAGUGAACCCUC